UUGACAGUCGUCGUGUGAUGAGUGGUGUGUGCGGAACGAAAAUAAUCCAAAUAAAAUACAAAUUCGUAACACAUUCUAAAACAUUUUAACAUGUGAGUGAUGAGUUGUACGGAAAAUGACAGUGGACCUUUUGUCGUAUUCUUCUUACCUGCAGUUGUGGGCUGCUUAACCAUACUCCUGGCUAGACGCUGGGCUAAUACUCAAGUCAGUAGCUCAUCCUCGACAGCCAUCUCGCGGCGGCGUAAGAUCAUCAAGGAUCCGCUUAUCAAGCGACCUCUGCCACCGAUCGCUUGUAAAAUGGUUCCACCGAUAUCUAAGAAGUCUUCAGGGGUGUCUAAGAAGGGUAGUGUGCCGGUUGUCGAUGACGACAACGGGAAGCGUGGUCGUUCAGUCCGAGCGCCUACAGCGUGCGCUGCUGCGGCAGCCUUUGCAGAGCUGAAAAGCGACGGACCCCCUCCUCCAAAACACAUCCCAUUCCCAAACAUCCCUCACGAUGGGGUGCUGUUAUUCGAAGUGAUGAUGUUCGUCUUCACACUGGUCGCCACAGGACUGCAGUUCCUAAAUUUGUACAGGACAGCCUGGUGGCUACCACAUUCCUUCACUAAUCAGGCUAUGAACUUCUACCUAAUAGAUCCACACCUGGUUGUGUUCAUUGUGACGUUAAUAUCGAGGCGGUUCGUGAUGGCAGCCACCUUGUCAUUGAUUAGGACAGUAGUCACAGCCAAGUUGAUGCCAUCCACUGUAGCGGCAGCCAGAAUGUUUAUACUGGGCCUGGUAGUGGGUAUUCUGGUUUGGUGUGCAUAUUUCAUUUUGCUCAAGCAUCCAAUUGUUAAAUUAUUCUACUUGUGUUAUCCAAUAGUAAUCUACGUCGUCCUGUUUGGCUUCCAAUCGAGUCCAUUGCUCGAACUGAACUCGGGCCCACCACCAUUGCACUGCUGUAGCCACGUGCCUUCGGACGUGCGUCAGGAAGCAGACACAUUAAGGGAAGACUUCAACUUGAGGAUCAAGAAAAUAUUGUUCAACUCGGUAGCUGGAGCAUACUAUUCUAGUUUUAUACCGUGCUGUUUUGCACAGUCGUAUCUCUACUACGACGUAUACGGCGCGUCGCAGCAAGUAGUGUUCGUAUGGGGCUGCCUGUUCGGCCGCUACGCGCACCAGCUGCUACCAGCAACGUAUUGUGACGUGUUGCACCGCUCUGCGAUACAUCUUGGCAGCUGGCGCCUUCACAGUACUAGUAUAGAACCGAACGUGGGCCUGUGGAUAUGCAGCGUGCUGUGGUCGCAGGGCGCACUAGCCUCGUUCCAGGGCCGCACGUACGUCGCCUCCGCGCCUACAGUCGCUGCACAGCCCAACAACAGCGGACACGCGCGGUUCUACUCUGUGUUCAUAAACCCAUCUACACUGCUGUGCCUACUACUAGUCCUGCAGCUGGCCUUCAUCGUGCUGGAGCUAUGCCUGCUAUUCAGUUCGCUGGCCUGGCACAACUUCAUGUCGAUCCUCAUACUGCUCUUCAUCAACUACUACACACUAUUCAAGAUGAUGCGCGACUAUCUCGUCGCGUGGAAAGUUUAUAAGGCGGAACAUAUGAUACAAGACAAAAACGCAUCGCAUUCCAACUGAGCGCAUCGCGCAAAAUUACGGGCUUAGAUUUAAACAAAAAGAGAAGAUACAGUGUGAACUAAUUAGGUCCUGCUGCACUAUAUCGAACCGGUGAGCGAGAUAGAGUUAGCUGCAAGUUUAGUGCGAGAGUAGGUAGCGGAAAGUAACAGUUGACGCGUUACAACGGGCUUGUGAUGACUACAGGAAUUGUCGCCACUCUGACUGGUGGGGACAACGGGAAUAAAAAAAUAAUAAAUGUAAUUUAAUUAAAUUCCCACCUGUGGGAAUAAACACGUAAGCGAAGUGCACUACUUCGCAGACCUAAUUUAUGCGGCCCACUUGCAAGACGCUAAUGCAGUAUCUUCCCUUUUCGUUUUAAUCUAAGCCCACGGCUAAUGUUCGGGUCUAGUCAUUGAAACCUGCAUGAAUGUCAGCCGAUUUGUACUUAAUCGGAUGCGCCUCACUAUUGGUUCGAACAAAGAAACUCAAUUGCGUUAUGAUUUGUGAAAUUAUAUAAGACUGACAUUAACUAAGGCAUUCUUUUAACUGUCCUCUCAACGUUACACGUUACAUAGUGUGAAUAGAACUUGAACUAAAGUAUUUGAAAAUGAGAACAAUGUAAACAUCAUAAUAAUAUAUACUUGCCAUAAAA